UCAAUCUUUACUUUCACUUUUGAUUCAAGACUGCAGCUGCUCGGUGUGUCUUCUCACUUCUCGGCACUUCACGCAAAAUAAAGCAGCAAAGAAGUACAGAACAGCUAGUAGUCGGUUCAGCGUUCACAUUGGCUCAUUUAACUGGCUUUGGUUUGGUCGCAGGAUUCUUUGUUUACCGAGUUUCUCUCUGUAAACCGUCAGAUCAUGGCCGACAUCUGCAGUGACCGCCCGGUUAAUGGCACGGAGGAUGGAGGUCUGGAGGAGGAAGCCAGAGAAUAUGAGGAGGCCAAGAAAGAACUGGAGACAUGGAAGUCUAAAGCAGAGAAAGCCGCUGAUGUGAAAGCCAAGCUGAUCUUGGAAAAACUGGACGAAGAUGAAGCCAAGGCAGAGGCCCAGCAGGAAAUGUUGGCUUGCGUUAAAAAGCAAGAGGAGAGUCAGAAGGAAUUCACUCAAAGCAUGAACACAGUGACGGAUGAACUUCUGCUGCUUGGUGAACGCAGACAAGACUUGCUGAACAAACUGAAGAAAUGUCAAGCAGCGCUAGAGGCCAAGAGGGCCGAGUCCAGAAAACUAACGCAGAAAUUCAAGAUACACGUCCAGAUUCCAGACACAGAGGUGGAGUUUAGGGCUCGUAGUAAAGAGGAGAGUGACGACGACAGUCAGCCAAUCAGAGGAGUGUUCGGCAUCAGCCAGAGACCCACUGUGCUCCUGCAGGAAGGACAGGCACUCAUCACCUUCGAAGAAGAGAAAGUGGCCUCUAAGAUCCUGAUGAUUGCCAAGUGCUCCGUGCCUUGUGAGAACAUCACUUUGGAUGUGAAACCAAAAAGAAUAACCAUGGAUCCUGCUGUUAAGUUUGAGAUCCACCUCGAUGUGUCCAGAAAAGAGCUCAUGGUUUCCAACAUCCCCACCUCCAUGCCAGAAGAGAGAAUGAAGGAGCGCCUGGAGAUGAGUUUCUCCAGGCAGAGCAGAGGAGGAGGAGAGGUGGAUGGUGUGGAGUACGACAGGAACAAUGGGACAGGACAGAUCACCUUUCUCCACCCUGGAGUUGCUGAGAGCCUGGCGCUGAGAGGGAGGUACCUUGUGGAUCUGGAUUCUGAAGUGAACGUGCAGGUUGGACCCAUUUACAAACACCAGCUGUGCAAGUUUCAGACCUUCUGUGGCUCUCCGAAGCGUACCAUCCUCCUGGAGGACAUCAAGGACAUGGGGGAGGAGGAUGACCUGCAGGACCACCUGGAGAUCCACUUCCAGAAGCCCAGUAAUUACGGCGGUGAGAUAGAGAGCAUCCAGUACAAUUCCAGGGGAAAGGCGCUGCAGGCCUUUUUCUCUGAGGACCUGCCUCCCACAGCUGCAAGAUGAGCUGAAGAUUUAGUGAUUUUAUGUGCAAGACACUUAACAAUGUAUGAUUUUCCUGACAUAUAGAGGACUGUCAACAUUGGGCUAAAAUCACACAUACUUCCCUGAGAAAAUUGUGUUUUUAUGUUACACGGUUCUUGAGCAACCUGUUGAUUCUCUUCCCUACAUGAUUAUUAUUAUUAUUUACAAGUACACAAGCUGAAGAUAAAGCAGUGGGCUCAGGGAGAAUUGUUAAUGAUACUUGACUUCCUGUCCUACAGUUUUAGACCAAUACUCAACAUGGUGUACGCCUGUCAAUCUGUCUGUCUCUUCUAUUGCUCAUUAAAAGAUCUGAAUACUCAAUCAAC